AUGAACACCUUUCUCCUUUGCGCUCUGUGCCUUUGUGGGCUGGCCACCCUGGUUGGCAGUGUCACAGUCCAGGAUGGGGACUUCUCCUACCCGCUGGAGUCUGUGAAGAAACUCAAGGACCUGCAGCAGAGCAGGAUGAGGAGCCGGAAGGCCCAGGACUAUGGGGUCUUUUUGUGCCACCACCCGGAUUUCCCCGAGGACUUGAAAUCCGUCUGCGACCGACCCGAUUCUGCACAAGCCAUCCAGAGACUGGGAGCCAUCGCUGACGACCCGCACACGUGUGAGAUCUGUGCCUUCGCAGCCUGUGCGGGCUGUUAGCUGAGGCUGCGGCUGCAUUCCCCGCACCUUCAGCGCUGCUCCUGCC